AUGCAUACAGUGACCUCUCUCCGCCGGCUGCGCUCUCAUCCCCGAUUACAUAAGAUACCGCCAUAUAUAUCCCUCCUCUGCAUAGUUGGAGGUAUCAUCUGGUUAUUGCUCCUCCCCCUGAACCGGUACUCUCGACAGACAUACAUCUCCGAAAAUGCCCUGCUCCCAGGCCAAGUUCAUACCUAUUUUGCUGGGAGCGAACAGAACAUCUUUCGAGGGUAUCGCGAAGAGCUCAAAUCGGUCAUAAAAGAGUCUGAAGAAGCUAGACCACAGCACCUGAACGAGGCACACUCAUCGAGGGAGAACAACGUUUUAUGGAUCGACAAGAUCAGAGCAAUCUUCAAGACUGCAGGCCUUCCGACCGCUACCCAGGACUUUGAGUACCAUGCAGCAGGAAACCUCUCUUCUGGAACCAAUAUAUACUCUGUGUUGCAUGCACCUCGCGGAGAUGGGACCGAAGCCAUUGUGUUGCUUGCUCCGCAACAAAAUGCUAGGGGUGAGCAUAAUAUCAAUGGCAUAGCUUUAUUGCUUACGCUUGCGCGCUACUUCAAAAGAUGGUCUUUGUGGUCGAAGGAUAUUAUCUUCCUGAUCACCCCGGACACAGACGGUGGCCCUCAAGCCUGGAUAUCUGCCUACCACUCGACACACGACCCUCAAACGAUAGAAUCACUUCCACUCAAAUCGGGUGCGCUGCAGGGCGCCAUCUGUGUUGAUCUUCCCUUCGAUCGCCGGUUUGAGAAAAUCUCCAUCUCGUACGACGGCAUCAAUGGUCAGCUACCCAAUCUCGAUCUUGUCAACACCGCUGUCAGCGUCGCGAGUGGUCAGAUGGGUAUUGGUACCACUAUUCAAGGCAUGCAUCGCCAUGACGACUCAUACCGAGCUCGUCUCAUAACAAUGCUCCAGGGUAUGACGAGCCAAGCAGUCGGGCACGGUACAGGUGCACACAGCGUGUUCAUGCCGUAUCAUAUCGAUGCCAUCACCCUGACGGCGGCUGGUGAUGGUUGGCAAGAUGAAAUGGCGCUUGGAAGGACCGUCGAGAGCAUCUUCCGAAGCUUGAACAACCUUCUAGAACAUUUCCAUCAGAGCUUCUUCUUUUACCUGCUGAUGCAGGCGAAUCGCUUUGUCAGCAUAGGCACAUACCUCCCAAGCGCCAUGGCGGUCGCGGCAGGGUUUAGCAUCAUGGCCAUCCAUCUUUGGAUUAGAUCAGGCCAUGUCGAAAUCCUAUCAGAGCUACCGGGUCAGUGCAUCAACGCUGAAGCCGACCUUGCAGAAAAGCCAUCACUUGAAGCCGACGGACUUGCUCAUCCUCCACCAAAUCAACAAACCCAACACAUCGACCGACAGCUACUUAAACCGAUCUUACUUAUCCUCCUCGCCCAUCUCUCCGGACUCAUACCCCUCUACCUCUCACACCACACCACCUACUCCCACUUACCCCAGACCAGCCUUUUCACCUCUUUCAUCCUCCUGAUCCUCCCCACGCUCAUCUCUCCCCUCUCCACCCCCUUACCAGCUCAACAAUACAACCUCACCAAGUCCCUCUCCCUCCUUCUCCUAGGUCUCUCCCUCUCCGCCCUCGCAACCCUCAACUUCAGUCUCAGCCUCGCCCUCGGACUCCUCUGCACACCCAUCCUCUUCGCUACCCGAGACCGCAGCAUCCCCGGGUACCUGAGCCGGGUGAUCCUGAUGGUGAUUUCGCCGAUGGGGCUGUGGUUGCUGGCUUACACGUAUUUUGCUUUCUGGGUGGGAAAUCCGGGAUGGGCGGGAGAUGUGCUGGCGCGGAUGGCGUUCGGAUGGAAUGUGUUGGGGGCUUGGGGCGUCGGGGUGGGGAUUUGGGGCGUUUGGUGGCCCGGUUGGGUGGUUGUGGCUAGAGUUUGGCUAUGA